UAGCAAUUGGACUGACGUUUCUGAUAAUUGUGUAUGUUCAUGCGAUAUGUCUGCCGGUGGUAUUUAUAACUGUUCUUUAUUGCCCUAUUCCGAUGGAUUCCGAUGUGUGCGAGAAUGCUCCGAAUAUUUUGCUGGAAUGGGAGAAAUUCACGAUGGUCCUGGUGUACGAGUUUCCGGUGGUACUUAUGACGGCAUCGUGGGUGUACAUUGCAUACAAGCGGCGACUUCAGAGAAGGAUACUCUCUAGGGUGGCCACAGCUCAUGAGACUAUGGAAGGUCAUCACACGCAUCAUCAUCACAAAAGCGUCGGUUUUCUGGUGCUGACGUUCUUAUUGGUCAGCGCCAUCGUGUGCUGGACCCCGUAUGAAACUUACUAUGUUCUCUUCACAUUUGGCAUUAUCGAAGAGAAUCCGAAACUUAUCAGCAUCACUCUGGCGUUGUAUAUUGUGCAACCUGCUCUGGAUCCCGUAUUGAUUAUUCUGACAACCAGUGAUUUGCGAAGAUGGAUUAAGGAAACGGUUGUUAAAUGUAUAUAA